GCCCCGGCGCGUCCCUGGUCCCCGGAGCUGCGGGCGGGGAGACUUGAAUGAGAGGCAGGAGGGGAUAGCGACUCAAAGGGCUAGCGGUGGAAUAGCUCCGCCGUCGCCAGGCAACCGCCCUGACGCAACGCAAAAAAAAAAAAAAAAAAAGUCCCUUAAAAAAAAGAAUAGUGCUGAGAAUUCACAGGAACAAGAGCAAGAGAGAAAGGGAGGCAGAAUACGGCUCAGCCCUGAAGCCGGGGCCAGAGGAGGCUGCGGAGCGGGAGCCCGCGUCGAAAGGAGGAAGCGGGGAUCUCGGUGACACCCCUAGAAGGGGCCUCUGAGCACCAGGAAGGUGUGGCCACGGAAGCUCUGAGUGAGAAGAUGAGGUGCAGCCGUUAGCACGGGACGCCAGAAAACAAAUUUCCCUGGGAGAAACGCCAGAGAGAACUUGGGCCUCACACCAGCCAGCAGCUUCUCACCGCCUGCCCUUCCCCACAAGGAAGGGGCUCCAGCCCGAAUCCCCGCCCAUCUCCGAUUUGCCUGCACCUCCUCCAGCACCGAUAGAUCUUCUUGGCAGAGCUGCCCCCAAAGAUUCCUGCUAACACUUGUCUGGUCCUGCCUCUUGCAAAGCAUGGCACCCACAGUGCUCCAGGAAGCAUCUUAAAUCCCACUUGCUGGCAGCUGUGGCGGGGGACGCCCUGUGUGGCUCAUCCUCCGUCCCUUUGGACUCUGGGAGCUGCACGCAUCCUAGCGAUGCCCUCGGGAGCCUUGGCCCCAGCUGGAUGAGACAUUCCAGAGCCGGAUCUGACCUUGCCACCCAGCAAGACUCCCACGCUGCCCUCCCCCACCUCCCCGGCAGACCCUAGGAUGUCGGUGCCCCAGGUCCAAGUAGAAGAAGCGGUGUGUGGGGAAGAAGGGCCAGCAGAAGCAGCCCCACCUCCCGAUGACCACCUCCGGAGCCUGAAGGCCCUCACAGAGAAACUGAGGCUGGAGACCCGCAGGCCCUCCUAUCUGGAAUGGCAGGCCAGGCUGGAGGAGCAGACCUGGCCCUUCCCGAGGCCGGCAGCCGGGCAGCGGGGCUGUGCAGAGAAGGAGGCCGUGCUCCCCCCGAGGGCACCUGGGCAGCAUCCCCCACCUAACAGGCGUGCCAGCCAGGAUGACGAGCCCCAGGCCACGGGCAGGCUGGAGGGCUUCGAGAGCAUUGACGAAGCUCUAGCAUGGCUCCGGAAGGAACUGACGGAGAUGCGUCUGCAGGACCAGCAGCUGGCGCGGCAGCUGAUGCGCUUGCGCAGUGACAUCCACAAGCUGAAGAUCGAGCAGACCUGCGACCUCCACCGGCGGAUGCUCAACGAUGCCACCUAUGAGCUGGAAGAGCGGGACGAGUUGUCCGACCUCUUCUGCGACGCCCCGCUCGCCUCCUCCUUCAGUCUCUCAGCACCACUCAAGCUUAUUGGGGUCACCAAGAUGAACAUCAACUCGCGAAGGUUUUCUUUGUGCUGAGAAGCCCUAGAAGGGGCGGUGAAGCCAGAACGAGGGGGCGGGUGGGAGAUGCGGGAAGGGAGCUGAGGUCCAACUACCCGAGUGUGUCUCCCGGAGGCAGGGCUUCCCCGGGACCUGUGGCAGGUGCUCUCGGGGCACGUCUGCUGCCAGCGUCCCUAUGCCUGGCCCUGGCUUAAUACCCAAAGAGUCCUGCAGAAGGGCCACUCCAUCCGAUGUUCACUGAGACCUUGUCCCCAGCAGACACGUCCCAUCCUCCCCUCACCCACAUCCCUGUUUUCUGGAAUCACUGGUGCUAUGACCUGGGAACCCAAAGGGGGCCCCCAACGCUGUGAUUCUUGCAGAAGGCUUCCCCGAGGGCACCGAACCCCAGUGGGGAGGUGAUCAGAUAUGUCAGUCUUGCCAUCUCUCUGGUGCUGGCCUCUGAGUACUGGCUUGCAUUGACCCUAAGUGGUGACUCAGUCACCUCGACAGGGGCCCAUCAGGAAAGGACUAACACUGUUGCUGGGGUGGGGGAGCCAGGCCACAGCCACAGCCAGGGUCCUGGUGAGGUCAUCGACCUUGGCCCUGCGGGUGUGGGGUAGGUAAGUUGUUUCCAGUUUGUGCCCAGCACACCAGUGUAGCCAGCAUGGGGCAGGCAUGGCUACACCCUGCUGCCCGCCCUGGCCACUUACACCAAUCCCAACCUCCAAAGAGCCCUCUGCCACCACCCCACAACCCCGGGGAGUGCCCAGGAGUGGGUUUUCCUAUAACGGAAUCUCACGGAAGCCAGCAGAGGCCGCCUAUGGAUUCUGAUGUCACCUCUGCCACCUCCGUGCCCUCCCCAGAGGCUUGCCCUGAGCCGCCUCUGAGAUUCUGUGCCUGACUUAAACAACUAAUUUUAAUUGAAUCAGACUGUUACUAAUCUGUUGCUAACUUGUUAAUAACUGUUUGAUUUUUGUCCAAAUGGCAGAGCCAGUGGGUAGGUCCAGUGCAGAGGUUCAGGGUUUGGUUUUACAAGCUUCUCCCACAAGACAAGGGUGAGGAUCAGCAAGGUGAGGGCUGAGGCCUCGACGGGUGAGGAAGUUAAGCCGGUGGCACACCACCUGCCAGGGGGUUGACCUUUGAUCCAUCUAGUCCAGCCCUCUGGUUCACAAAAGAGUGAGGCCAGGGAAGGAACAUGGCCUCCCUCAGGUUCCACAGCUCUUUAGCGGCUAUAGAAUAUUGCUAUAUUAAAUCAUCAUCAAUAAUGCCUACACCGAUCACAUGUCAAUGAACUUGAACUCCAAAGAUGGUACUGACGCUUUGCUCACAAACCGCUAACCCAUCUACUCUCCACCUCACUCAGCCCUGUCAUCUCCCAAGUUACACUUCCUACUGCUGCCAGGAUUCACCAUCAAAGUGAGGUGUCCUGUUGCUUUGUCUUUCCUGCGUUGUCUUCCUGUAUCAUUUCACUGGGGCCCAUGGGCACACACACGCAUAUGCACACACACACACACACCAUGACCCACGCUGGAGAAAGCUUGCCUUUCUCUUGUGGGCCAGGAGUGGGAGUUUGUAAAUGAUUGGUUCCUAGUUAGAAAAGAAGUUGGUGUUUCCUUGUGAUUUCAAAGACGGUAUAACCACAUUCCCGAGAUCUGUUUUUGCCCCGACUCUGAGCAGUGGCAGAAGUCUGAGGCCCAGAGGACUCAUCCACAGAGGAGGCCUCAGUGGAAGCCCAGACCCCUCAGGCCUGUUCCUCCUCCUGGGGGAAGGAGGCAGACUUCUCUGCCCAGCACUGUGUCUCCUCAGGGAUUUUGGACAAGCCCUCCCAGGUCUUACAGGGGCCUGCCUGCCAGGCUUCUUCCAGAAGAGUCCUGGAUCCUCGGGUAUUGGCUGCCCUGCACACACGCACACUCACUCUGCAGAGACUCACUCGAACCCGCACAGGCAAGCCUGUUCCAUAUUCUGAAAAAAGGCCACACUAAUUAUUUUUCUUUCUAAAAAUCAGUCAUUACAGUAACUGAAAAAGCUGGGUCCAACCAAAGCUGAGUGACUUGGUUGAAUUCUAUCAACGCAACUGAAUCGGAGUCAACCGGGCAAUGCCGUUGCUCAGUGAGUCCAGUGAUUCCUUUCUUUGUUCUCUGAGAUCAAGGCAUACACUUUUUGGAGGGGUGUCACUGUCUUCGUCAUUUUGCUUAGUUCAUCCCAGGAGAAUUUUAUUUGGGGGAUAAGGCAAGAGGGGGUCAAGAAGAGAAGUGGGGGGAAAAGACAGAUGUGUUUUCUUACUCAUUGUCCAGUGUCUUUUCACAUCCUUAUUUCCAUGGUGGACACAGUUCAGUUCAGCUGCGAACUAACACGGUGAACGAACCAGGUCAGUUCAGCUUUGUAAAGUCCCUGACUCGUGUGGGUCAAGACACAUCUGGGACAGUCACAGCUCUAAGCGGCAUCACCAGCUCCCCAAGGGCAACCUUCUGGCUUACCACACAUAUGGGACACUGUUGCAGUUUUACUUGUUAUCUACCCGUCUCUGUGCAUCCCCUAAGGAGCUCUGGGUGUAAAACACAAGUCUCUGUUGAAGCUGCCAAGUGGGGUGAAGUCUGAGGCCUUUGUGGGCUCCUGGGAGCCCGGGCAGGCUUGGGAUGGCCUGACCCAGCCCCCGCGUCCUCCCUGUAGCAAUACCAAGUGCUAUUAUAUAAUUGAUGGACAGUUUAUAAUUUUAUUUUUUAUGAUUAUUUGUUUCUAUAUUGCUGUAGAAAAAGUGAAAUAAAAAUUGUUUCAAAAGAAGACA